AUGAUCUUUAUCUCCCAGUAUCAGAAGUUCUUCAACAAUGCAUCGAAUCCGCCUCGGAAGUGGCUGGCCAUUCUGAACAUGAUCUUUGCUAUUGGUUGUCGCUACUGUCGACUCAUAGAGGACCCACAAAGCACCGGCGAGGAAGACGAAGAUCUGCUGUACCUAACCCGGGCGCGCCAUCUCGGUCUGCACAGCACUGUGCUAUUCGAGCACACCGAUCUCCAGCAGAUCCAACUCGAACUCCUCGUAGCAGUUUACCUGCUUUGUCUGGGACAGGUCAACCGAGCAUCCAAAUUCUCCAACAUGGCCCUCCGCUCAGCCCUAUCCCUCGGCAUCAACCUCCGCCUAACAGAUGACCGCACCAAAGACGCCGCCAAAGAAACCCGCGGCCGCCUCUGGUGGUCCAUCUACUCCCUCGAGCACCUCCUAGCCUCCAUGACGGGCCGCGCCUCCUGUGUCGGCGAAGGCCUCUGCUCUGUUCCUGCACCCCUCCCCUACGAUGAAGAAACCUUCGACCAACCCGACGCCAAGCGCCUCUUGCAAAAUCCCGCCCUCCGCGAAGCCCAACUCCGCCCCACCAUCUUCGAAUCCCCUACCCAAUACCACUCCCCCUCUUGGGUGACCACUUGCCCACCCUGCCCAUCCCUCUUCUUCAACUUCCUCGUCGACCUAACCCUCACAACCCACGCCCUCAUGAACAGAGUCUACAGCAUCGAAGGCCUCCGCAAAGGCCCCAGCCAAGUUGAAUACCACGUCCAGAAAUUCAGCCUGCAAAUGGACCGCUGGCUCUCAAAACUUCCCCAAUUCUACCAAUUCACCCUCCCAAACACAGAUCCCUGGCACCUAAACCACACAAAACUAAACGACCUCUCUGCCCCCUUCGUCCGCGAACGCGUCUGUCUAGCAAUGAACUACUACUCCGCCCGCAUAACCCUCUGCAGACCAUGUCUAAGCCACAUCCACCAAUCCCUGCGCCACACCACGCCAACCGUCGAACACACCGCGCGCGGAAAACUCCGGUCUGAAAUGGCUACACAUUGUCUGCAAGCUUCCUGCACGCUUAUUUCUAUCCUCCCAGACGACCCGAACAUGGCUUGGCUGGCCCGCGCCGCGCCCUGGUGGAGUAUCCUGCAUUUCCUGAUGCAGGCGACGACCGCUCUAUUGCUGGGUUUGUCGUACUGUUCUAGCGCGAAUACGUCUGCCAGUCCGGAUCGCGCAAAUCCGCUCCUCUCGCCUGCUACGCCGUCAAUGUCUCAGACCAAGGUGUACCCGCCGCUGCUGGAGAAGGAAAUGGGUACGGUUGUUGUCACGGCGAGGAAGGCGCUCGCUUGGCUUCAUACUACUGCUUCUGUGGAUCCGGCGGCGCGGAGGGCUUUCCUGCUUUGUGAUGGGAUUGUUAGGAAGAUUGCGCCUGGGUUGGGGAUUGAUUUGAGUGAGUGGCCCGAUGGGAAUUCUUUUGAGAGAGUGAUGGAGUGGAGGGAGAAGGGGUCUAAUGGGAAUUGGAAUUGGAAUGCGGAUAGUAGUGGAAGCAAUGGUCAUGAUAGUGGAAGUGGGAUGGAGGCGUUUGAAGAAUUGGUUGAUUUCGAAGGUGGAAUCUUUUAG